UAUUGAUUAUUCCCUCCAUCUAUAAUCUUCAAUGAUUCAUUGGUCUAUGUGACCACUCGGUAGUUUAUGCAUUUCGAUCAAUGAAAUUUGUGUUGCAAAAAGGUAGUGAUUUACACCGUUCGAAUGUGCUUAUAAAAAAUUAAUGGUCUCAUAGAUUUUCCACUAGUGUGAUUGAAAUAUUUCUAGGAUUUCCUUGCAUGACUUCAUCGCAUUGUCACAAUCGGUUUAUGGAGAAUUGACUCAGUUAUUUUGAUAUGAUAAUUAUGUUGCGACAGGAGAAUUAUUUUCACCGGAAGCUCAACGACGGUUGAUGCAUAAUUAAAAUGUGGGUGAAUGUCAUGAAUGUCUUCAAGAUAAGACGUUGAACUCUGUUAAGAAUUUAAAAGAAUGUGGAUUAAUUCAAUCGGAAGUCAGUCUGGUUUCAACGUUACUAGCUAUACGAGAUCGACAAGUUUACUCACACGGCAGUAAAACCCAUAGGUCUACAGACUUUCAUCGACCGGAAACUACUGGGGGCAAGUUUUUCCCUUAACGUUGGGAGUGGAAUCUGAGGAAUCCAUAUGUGGUGCAAACCUCUCUGAAUAUAAGAGCGAUUUACCAGCGAUUAAACAUUGACAGUUCCGUGGAAUCACUCGACAUGAAGGAGCUUUUAAUAUUAUCGUUCAUGUUGGGCCCGGCCGUCCCAUUAGAUCCUCGGGAUUUAAAAUUCAAACGUAGUCUAUUUCCACUAGCGUCAGGAUGGAGUAGUGUUCCAGUUCCACCGGAUUUCGACAGCCUGACGGCAUGGCCCGCUGCUGAAGCUCCUUGGAGAACCCUCAGAGCAUCUCCAGAAUCACUUCAAUCCCUUCAACCUCCUCAAGGGUGGACUACUCUGGCAGGACCACAACCGCCUCCUCCAGUUGUGAUAUCUAAACAUACGGUAAUUGAGAAACCCGUGGCAGUGCCCAGAGCUGUCAUUGUUGAGAGGCGUAUACCUAUUCAAGUGGAAAAAUUGAUUCCAUAUCCUGUGGACAGGAUUGUUAAUAAGCCUGUCCCUGUUGCCAUACCUCAUCCGGUUCCUUAUCCGGUGGAUCGACCUGUCCAAGUCCCGGUGCGUCAGACAGUGGCAGUUCCCAUUCAACAACCCUACGCAGUUCCGGUGACAGUUCGCCAAGGAGUUCCCUAUGCUGUCCCCAUCCCUGUUAUAUUGACUUCCCAAGGUCUUAUUACUGCUCCAAGCAUUAGCCUACCUCCUCCACAAAAUGCACAGACUGGUUUAUCCCUUCCCCUCUCCGUACUCCCCCCACUAGCAAUAAAUACAGCUCUGGGUCAAGGUGCACAAGUCCCGCCACCUGAAGUACUCCCGGCCCUGGGCGACCCUGGCCUUGGCCCUGUCAUCGACAGCAACCUCCUUCUUCGCCCGCAACCCCAAGGUGACCUUUUGGCCUGGGACCCACCUGCGCCGGCACUUUUGAAUGAUAUUUCCGUGCAGUCACCUCUACUCAAGUGGAAGAGGAGUCAUGACGAGAAGAAGGAGGAACAGAAAACAGAAAAAGAAUAGUUAUUAGCAAUUGUAGAUGUAAUUAUCCAUAAAAAUGUUGUUGCAGUGUGAUUGAUCAAUGUAUAGAGCUUCAUACGAUUUUUCAGUUGUUUUCUGAAUAAAUAUAAUGUACUGACUUUUUAUAA